CUCCCGUCAAAAAUGGCGAACCGUCGGUUUCUUCUUCGUCUUAUUCUCUGUAUCUCUACAAUUUCCCAAAUAUUAAUUUGAAUCUUCCUCUUCAUCUCUCUGGGGUUCGCCGAGAAGCCUUAUUGAUCUGCUCCUGUUGACGACGUUCUCGUCCUUCGUGCUUUUACCAAGAUGCCAAUGGAAAGGUCGUAUAGCAAUGCAAGAAUGGCCAAUAGUUUCAUGUACUGGAAUGAUUGUGUUGAACCAGAAGAUUUAGAAGCAAUGUGGAUGGAUCCUGCGGUGAGAGCUGAAUGGUUAGAUGUUGGGGAGACUAAAGGACAGAAGGUUCACCUCUCAAGGGAUCCUGAUGGACAGCCUUAUCUGACACAGACUGAGAUGAAGGCUGUUGCUGAUAUUACUGUUCGAAGACAUUUUGAUUCAAUAUUGGAUCCGGAAAUGAUAUGCGCAAUUGCUGAGCUUGAAAGUGACCGUAAGCCUCUCAUUAUGCGGUACAACAAAAAGACCAAGGAAACUGGCUUAGGAAUUUUACAAGUUUUUGCAAAGACCGCAGAGUGGUUGGCUGGAGGACAAGGCUAUCAGGAAUAUAAUGUGGAUGACAAUCCUGAUCUUCUUCACAAACCCUUCAUAAAUGUAUAUUUUGGGGCAGCUUACCUGAAAUGGUUGACAGACUAUCAGAAUAACCAGAGAAGUGAAGAGUUUGUUGUCAGAGCAUAUAAUGGUGGGACAAAAAAGGCGACUCACAAGUCGACAUUACCAUAUUGGAAACGAUACCUUGCUGUAAAAGACGCUCUCCCUUCAAGAAAACAUGUCGAUGCUGGCCCUUCAGGCUUUCAUCCUACUAAUCCCUCUUCACCAGGCUCAAACACCAACUUUACAUACUGGGACUCUAGAGCUUCCCCUGAAGAUAUGGAAGAUAUGUGGAAUCAUUCUGAAGUAUGUAAAGAGUGGACAAAAUCCAAAGAAGAAAGGGGAAAAGUUCGUUUCUCACAAGAUAGUGAAAAGAGGCCUUACCUGUCGCGAGGGGAAAUGAAGGCUGUUGCAGAAAUAAUUGUUUCAAAGUACUUCAGUACAAAAGGAGUUAGAGUUCCUCUGGUUUGUGCUGUUGCUGAUACUGUGAGCAUGCGGUUUGUGAACGGUACUGGGAAACACGUAGGAAUACUCGGAGUGGACUACUCAACUGCUGCCUGGUUAAACACAGAGCUAGGAUACCGAGCAUACAGAAUCGAUUCACCAGACGACCUAACCAAACCAUUUGUUUCUAUGUACUUUGGGGUAGCCUAUUUGGUUUGGUUAUCCGAAUAUGAAGGAAGGGAGAGAAGUAACCAGUUCAUUGUCCAAGCUUAUCUCAAAGGUCCUGACCACGUCGAUCUUGAGGCAUCAUGCCCACUCUGGCUCAAGUUCGAGCAAGCUCUGAGUUACUAUGAAGAGUCCAAGAGGGACUCAGGAAGCUGCAUUAUCCUAUGAGAUCACCGUGUAUACAUACACAUUUGAUGAAGACUGAAGGAUUUUGCUUUUAUUCAUCUGUUUGUAACUCAAAAUUUCCUUCCUGCUGUUUCUUUGUUCUUUUCUAUUCUUUCUUUCUUAAUUCUUUGUCCUGAUUGUUUUGUACGUGAAUGAUAUUGAUUAACAGCUCCA